ACUCUUUAUGUGUAGAGUAGAAGCCCUUUUGAAACUUCAUCAAAUUGAUGAUGCAGAAUCAAUUUUGUCACAUGCUCCAAAAUCGGAUCCACAAAUUAAUCAUUCACCUUUUGAAGCAAUAUUUUUUUGGAUGUUUGUUGAAGCUUAUUCCUUCUAUGUCAGAACUCAGAUUGAGAUCGCAUUGGGAAGGUUUGAGAAUGCAGUUACAUCUGUAGAGAAGGCAAAUCAUAUUGAUCCCCAAAAUAUAGAAAUUGCUGGAAAAUGAUUUUAUAUUUUUGUCUUUUGCAUUUAAACGUGUGAAAACCAUGAUUUAAAUUCAUUUUGUUUCCUAAUAUGAAUCUUUUAAUACAUUUCAAGGUUACAAAAAACCAGAUUGGAAGAAAGAGAAAGAAGACUGUAUC